AUGCACAAAGGGCGGGGAAUGGAAUCCAUCAGCGACACCGCAUCCAAGGGCGGCAAGGCAGGACGCCCAGUUCUUCUCUCGUUUAAUGAGAUGCCAAAAUGGUUCCAACAUGAUUCUAACAAGUGGAUUCUCCGUGGCUAUCGGCCCAUCUCAGGCUCGGCUCAGGCUUCGUUCUGUAGUUGGUCGUAUAUCCACAACGAGUCAGUCAACAUCUAUUCCCAUCUCAUACCGGCCAUUUUCUUCCUGCUUGGCGAGUGGUAUAUCCAGCAGUAUCUUGCCAGCAGAUACUCCGGGUUUACUGGCGCUGAUUUUAUUGCUUUCUCCAUCUUCAUGUUGACGGCUGUCACGUGUUUGUCGUUGUCGGCGACAUACCAUACCUUGAUGAACCACUCCCAAUACGUGGAACAUUUCUGCUUGCGACUGGACAUGCUGGGUAUAGUGAUCUUUAUAUUGGGCGAUCUUGUCUUGGGAAUAUACAUGAUUUUCUGGUGUGAACCUUUGCCACGCAAUAUCUACUGGUCUAUGAUUGGUGUUUUUGGGACGUUGACCAUCUUUAUGACAAUGCAUCCCAAGCUCCAAGGCCCAAAGUAUCGCCUCUUCCGAGCAUUGAUGUUCGUAGCAACUGGCUUAUCCGGCAUUGCGCCUUUAAUUCACGGUCUCAAUGUGUUUGGCAUGUCGCAGAUGAUGAAAAAGGCUUUCCCCUAUACUCUGGCAAAAGCAGGCUGCCUUCUCUCUGGGACUUCGUUCUAUGCAAAAUUUACCUUAACACAUGUGGUUCUGAAGACCAGGUUUCCUGAAAGUCGAUAUCCUGGCAAAUUCGACCUGUUGGGCUCCCAUUCUAUCUUCCACAUCCUGGUGGUAUGUGCUGCUGUGGUCCAAUUAAUGGGGUAUUUGGAUGCUUUCGACUAUGCGCAGGCAAAUCUUACUUGCCCAUCUCUUUGA